AGGUGCUCUCGCGAAUGGCCAAAGUGCACCACCUGCCGCCCAUGGCCUGGUGAAUGUGUAUAUUCCAAAGAAAUUUCGGCCCCGAAACUACAUAGGGAAGAUACCAAUACAACAUCCCCAUCAACGCAAGAUUUGAAUAGUUUCCAUGAACGUCUCCAUUGUAUAGAGGCGGCUCUCGAAAAACUAACCCUCGCAGUGAACCGACUUAGCAUUACCAAUAGCAGAGUAGAUACUACCACUAUCUCAUCAGAAAGCAGUCCACCCACUGAAUCAGAAUGCGAUAAAUUGGCUGGAUUCUUUGUCCCAUCAAGAGCUAUAGGAUAUGCACUAAUUAGUCGCUUCUCGCGUGUCGCCGACCUAGCCGGCCUUAUAGCCGCCAAGCCUUCAGAUCAAGUUUUGAUGAAGGCCAUAUUCGAGCCCGAUUCAGUUUCCCCACGUGGCUGGGUGCUCUACAUUAACUUCAUAUUCCUCAUACUAUCGCACAAGGAUCGGACCCUAAGUCACCUUACGAAGUCGUUCCGACAUAACACUCGACUUGCCUUAGAUGAUGCAAGAAUAUUCUUGGAAACAAAUGAAGUUAAUGUUCAGGCUCUGGCAAUGCUGUCAUGUCUCGGAGAGGAGUACGCUUCUCCUGACCUGUCAUGGAUACUCGCCAGUCACGCCUGCCGGCAAGCUCAAGCCCUAAACUUACACCUCACGGAGCAUCAAGAUCCCGAAGAACGACAGCGCCGAUUGACUCUUUUUUGGGUGCUCUUCAUGGUCGACAAAACGUGCUCUCUAGCUUUGGGGCGCCCUGUAUUGCUGCCAAGUCUAAUGUAUGAGAAUGUACCAUUGCCUGAUUUCCAGCAUCUCUUAAAGUUUCGCCCCCGCCACGGCCCGUGGAACAUUUAUUACAACCAACCUUUAAUGUCCACAUUCGGAGCGCAUUUAUUCAAUCAAAACAUCAAAUUGUCAAGAUUAACUGGUUUAGUUCUUGAUAUCUUGAACACUGGAGACCUAUGUGGCGGCCGAGAAAAUCUCAUAUCAUAUUUAGAGGAUUGGGAUGCCUCAACAAGACAAGUUCUAUCGGAAGCUCGGGAUCUAGAAGCAGAUCAUGCCAGUGAAGAACAACUUCAUGGAAUGUCACUUGCGAUCCGACUCAUGCGGUUCAAGUUUUUACAUACCAUCGUCCUAUUACUGCAAGAAGAUGUCCAUUACACUACCCUCCGACUUGAGUCAGCACGCGAGGCUCUGUCCCUUCUCCCACAUCUUUCGAGUAAAACGCAUGUUUUUAGAGGAGUAUUCUGGGCACUUCUUUAUUAUCCAUUUACCUCUUUUUUUGUAAUAUUCAACCACAUCACACGUUAUCCGAAAGCCCCCACUACUAGUGGAGAUUUAGACCUGCUGGCUACAACAAGAUCAUACCUCCAAGCUAUGAAGGGCAAGCUGCAUAUACAAUCUGCCCUCCCAACUGAAUUGGAACAAAUGGCCGAAUAUUUUCUUAAGCUUGCGCACUCGGCUGUCUCCGGGGGCCCCCCAAACUACAACUCGAACAAUAUUCAAGACUGCGAUACGACUUAG